AUGUCCGUUCGCUCCUUCACAGUCUUCCAGGACACUCCAACCGAGAUUCAGAAGAUCAGUCAUGUUAGCGAUAAAAAUCUCGUGACAACAACAGCUGCGGAUGUUGCUACCACAUUGCUAUCAACCCUUGCCGCUAUCGAGAAGGAGAACCUUCAUCCGCUUACAGGUGAACGUGCUGCCCAAACCUCGACUAAUACAUCCAAGAAGCGCAAGACAGCAGUUCUAGUGACAAAAGCGGUAGCUCCUCCGCCGUCCUCCAAGAAGCAGAAAGAACUCAAAUCGGAGCCGAAGAAACUGCGUAAAUCUGCCAGUGGCAAUGGAAAUAAAAGUGAUGGCCGUAAAAAAAUUCCUAGAGGAUCACGCCCUGCACGCAAAGCUUCCCCUUUGCCAAGAGUUGACGAGGAACAGGAGCUUCCAACUGCAACUUCAAGUCAGCGAGAUCCCAUUCGUCUUAUCAUUUCCCAGGCCAAGAUAGAUUCGAAGUGCUACGAGCUUACUGUCUCCCCAUUGGCAGACGUCUCUGGAGCGUAUGAUACCGCUACGGAAACCUCGGAUCAAGAGUCUGUGUUUGACAAAGAACAGUCUGUUGAGCCUGAACUUCGCGACUACUUCUCCCCCGCAAUAUCGCACGCCUCGCUGCCAUCUGAGCAAGCGCAAGCUACUCCUCUUGCUUCAAGGACCGCUUCCGAUGACGAAUUCUCCACUCCAGAGUGCAGACACAUUUACUCGGCAUUUACCUUUUCAUCUCCGUCGCCUUCGUCGAAACGUUUUAAAGAAGCUCGGACAUCCCCCAACAAGACCAAUGCCUCCCAUUCAGAAUAA